GGGCGCCGAAGAGGUGCAGUGAAAAGCAAAGAAAGAAGAAAAAUGGGGAGCGAAGAGGAGAGCGCAGUGAAGGAGCCAUUGGACCUCAUUCGUCUCAGCCUCGACGAACGCAUCUACGUCAAGCUUCGUCACGAUCGCGAGCUCCGUGGCAAGCUCCAUGCUUAUGAUCAGCAUUUGAAUAUGAUCCUGGGUGAUGUCGAAGAGAUUAUUACAACUAUGGAGAUCGAUGAUGAAACAUACGAGGAAAUUGUGAGGACUACAAGGCGUACAGUGCCAUUUUUAUUCGUCAGAGGGGAUGGCGUGAUAUUGGUGUCACCUCCAUUGAGAACAGCGAUAUAGAGUAAGAGGUCUAGGUUUCUAAAGGCUUAUGGUUUUCUUCAUUGUGUAACCUUAGAAAAUUUGGUUGAACUUGUAGAAUUGCCAUGGAUUUUCAAUUAUGAACAAUGUUUAGUUAUUUAUUGUGUAUGGGAAUUGCGGUAGAAAAUGCACAACCUUGUUGACUACUU